AUAAAAGGAUACAAAGUGUGCAGUCAGUGGUUUUAGAGCCUAACUUCACAUAUGUAAUAUAAAAAGGAUGCUAUUUUUAGAAUUAUAAUUCAGUGAUUAAUAAAGGACCACUACAUAUUUUUUCUUUUUUUUUUUUUUAAUCUGGUUUCUUUUUCAUGUCUUCUUUUUUUAUUGGGGAAUUUGAGGCUUUGUUCCCUUUUCUAUAGCAAAAUAAUUCUCGAUACUCAAAAAUAGUUUGCUGAUUCUGAUUUAGCUAAAACGUGUUUUACUCAUGGUGAAAUUAGUCUAAGAAGGCUUCUUUUUUCUUACUGUUCUGCUGUUUGGACUCUAAGCGACGCUGUUGAACAGGGAAACCUUAGUUAUGUUGUAAUAACGACGGAGGAGAGAAAGGAGUUUUGAAAGCGUCAUACUGGGCGGUGUCUGAGAGGAACGGUGGUGGACGUCAUUUUCUUCGGCAGUUUUGGCUGUUUUCACCCUCGCCAAACGUGUAUGCGGUGCAUGGUGGUUUUAUGCGUUUUUUUGUGAGUGAAGGAAGAGUCGGGCUUCUUUAUUUUUUUUUCUUCUUUGAAUCAAAACGCCAUGGAGACACGUCGAUGUCUGUGGAUUUUAAGGCCGCAUUGGAAUCUAAUCCUUUUCCUCUGGAUGGUUUCUGCAACCAGCGGACAAAUCCGUUAUUCAAUUCCAGAAGAGAUGAAGAAAGGAUCGCUGAUCGGUAAUGUUGCGCGGGACCUGGGUUUGGAUGUGAGAAGGCUCCGUUCUGGUCGGGCCCGAAUCGUUAGCGGAGAAAACGCUCAGUACACGGCGCUAAAUCCAGACAAAGGGAUUCUAGUCGUGAGCGAGAGAAUAGACAGAGAGGAGCUCUGCGGAGAGGUCGCGCCGUGCAGCUUCAGCUUUGAAAUCAUUCUAGAAAAUCCCAUCGAGCUUCACCGAGUCACCGUGGAAAUACUCGACGUGAAUGAUCAUGCGCCGUCUUUCAAAAGUCACAUAAUUAAUCUGGAAAUCAGCGAAUCUGCGACGAUAGGAUCUCUUUUCGAUUUAGAGAGUGCGUAUGAUCCCGACGCCGGGAUCAAUAGCUUGCAGAAUUAUAUUUUGUCCACUAAUGAUAAUUUUGCUUUGAAACAACAUUCUAACGCCGAUGGAAUCAGAUUCGCUGUCAUGAUUUUGCAGAAGCCUUUGGACCGAGAGCUGCACCCCCACAUCUCCUUAAAGCUAUUAGCGGUAGACGGAGGAAAUCCACAACGAUCUGGUUCAGUAAAUAUCGAGAUUACAGUCAUUGAUGCAAAUGAUAACCCCCCUGUCUUUAGUCAGACGGUUUACAAAGCAAUGGUGGAAGAAAAUGCCCCAAAAGGCACCUAUAUAACGACUGUAAACGCUUCCGAUGCUGACAGUGGUUCGAAUAGUUUGGUAACCUACAGUUUUUCUAAUGUAAAAGGGAAAUCUGCUGAAAAUUUUGAAAUUGACAGUUUUUCAGGAAAAAUAACAGUUAGUGGAUAUAUUGAUUAUGAAAAAGACAAAAGGUACGAAUUAAGGGUCCUUGCCAAAGACCAAGGAAGCCUCAGUGACGCAACAAAAAUCAUUAUUGAUGUUGCUGACAUAAAUGAUAACGCUCCAGUUAUUAAUAUAAUGUCAUUCUCUAGCCUGAUUUCAGAGGAUGUUGGUCUGGGAACAACAGUGGCAGUGUUUAAUGUGAAAGACGCUGAUUCUGAAAGAAAUGGAAAAAUAGUUUGUUCUAUAGAUACCAGUCUUCCCUUUAAAAUCCAGUCAUCUUUAAGUGAUUAUUUCAAUUUACUCUCUGAUGCAGCUUUUGAUCGGGAAAAAAAGGCAGAAUACAAUAUAACUAUUUUAGCAACUGAUUCAGGGACACCUCCACUUUCUACUGCAGUAACUUUACAUUUAAAAAUUUCUGAUGUCAAUGAUAAUGCUCCUGUUUUCACAAAACCUAGUUUUUCAGCCAGUAUAAUGGAAAACAACAAUCCAGGAGUGUCAAUAUUGAAUAUUAAAGCAGAGGAUUCUGACUGGAAGCAAAAUGCAAGGAUUGCGUAUUUUCUUGAGGAUACAGAUGUGAGUGGAAACCCUGUUUCAUCUUAUGUGACAUUAAACUCUGAUAAUGGUGACAUCAGUGCAGUGCGGUCAUUUGAUUAUGAACAGAUUAAGCAGCUUGUGUUUAUUGUAAGAGCUCAGGAUGGAGGUUCUCCUCCACUCAGCAGCAACGUGAGCGUGAACAUCCAGAUCCAGGACCAGAACGAUAACCCGCCUCAGGUUCUGUAUCCGGUCCAGACUGCUGGCUCUGUGGUGGCUGAAAUGGUUCCUCGUUCAGCUGAUGUGGGCUACCUGGUGACUAAAGUGGUGGCUGUUGAUGUGGACUCUGGACAGAAUGCCUGGCUCUCCUAUAAACUGCAGAAAGCCACAGACAGGGCGCUGUUUGAAGUGGGCUCCCAGAAUGGAGAGAUCCGAACUGUCCGCCAAGUGACGGAGAAAGAUUUGCUCAAACAAAGACUGACUGUGAUCGUGGAGGACAACGGGCAGCCCUCUCGUUCAGCUACAGUCAUUGUUAACGUGGCGGUGGCGGACAGCUUCCCUGAAGUGCUGUCGGAGUUCAGCGACUUUCCACACGACAAGGACUACAAUGACAACCUGACUUUUUACUUAGUGCUGGUUCUGGCUGUGGUUUCUUUCCUCUUCAUCACGUGUUUAGUGGUCAUCAUCUCCGUCAAGAUCUACCGAUGGAGACAGUCUCGCAUCCUGUAUCACUCCAGCCUCCCUGUCAUUCCAUAUUAUCCUCCACGGUACUCAGACACUUUGGGCACAGGGACUCUGCCACACACGUACAAUUACGAGGUGUGCAGGACCACUGACUCCAGAAAGAGUGACUGUAAGUUCGGCAGAGCUGGGAGUCAGAACGUGCUGAUAAUGGACCCCAGUUCUACAGGAACCAUGCAGCGGAUCCAGAGUGAGAAGAACAUCCUUGAUGAACCAGACUCUCCUCUAGAGGUCAGUUGUUAAACUCUUAGUUGGUUUCUCGUCGUGUCUUCAGCUGAGUCACUUUAGUUGUUGUAGCCUUUCUUUUCAGCACCAUGGAUAGCAACAGUAUUUGUAUUUACUGUUUGAGUAAUGAACAAAAUACACAACUUGCUUUUUUAAACAUUCCUUACAAUUACUGACAACAUUAAAGCACAUAGGCCCAUAGGUUAACUUUUUUUUCUUUACAUGUUUUUCUUAUAAAUUGAUUGUUAUUUUAUAAUUAUCAUUAUCAGUCCCCCUUGUUCAUUAAUGCUUAGCCUGUUGUGGUCUUUCUUUUUUUUUACCUUAACAUCUAUCUACUCCAAAAGCUGAAACACUUUUAGAUUUUUAGUAAUUCACUGUUCUUUUGGAAAUAAUAAGAAAAAAAAAACUUAUUCCAUGGCACUGACUUAUUUUUACCUCAAUCUCUUACUAACAUACUCUUGUUUAAGUUCAGUCACAUUUUCUUCAUACCUUUAUUUAUUUAUUUAGUGUUCAAGUUAAUUUAUUGAAUAUAUUUAUACUUUAAAAGAGCUUGGGAGUGUUUACUUUUACAGCAUAACACCAUUUUGUGUAUAUUUCUUUCUGAAGAGAACGCUUUUUCUAAUUAUCAAAACAGGUCUAUUGACCAUAAAAGCAUUUUUUUUAUUUAUUAUUAUUAUUAUUACUAGUGUUAUUAUUAGUAUUACUUUUUUUUUCAUUUGACCAAGUUUGAGCUUUUAAGUGUCUUACAAUGAAUAGAUGGAUGUUGUUUUCUAUGGUUACCAGAGGAACUGGGAUUUCAAAUGUCAGUACAGUUCAUUUUAGCCGGUAAUAUUUCCAUACUUAUUUUUUUAUGUAUUUAUUUUUUAAGUGAAUUAUUAGGAUUUUUAUUGUGAUUCUCAAAAGCUUGCUUUCCAGUGGAAAUUAUUUGAAUUCGGUUUUUUAAUUGCAUUUAAUGUUUCAUAUUCAGACAGAAGAGGAAACUUAGGUGAAUAUUGUUUUGUAUUUCUCAUAGCUACACAAAGAUUUUGUGCCAAUCAGCCUGUUUUGUCUUCAAGACGCUUCAUCAUGAUACAUUUGAAGGGUGAAUAAAAAGCAAGCAGGACCAAAAAAAAAAAAAA